AUGCCCCUUAUAUGCAAUCUGUGUGGGAUAGAAGAAGAAAGUGUAGAACAUAUACUGCUACAGUGUGACUGGACAAGGGGAAUGUGGCUUAAGGUAUGCCAUGGUCUAAAAAUCCGAAAAGAAAAAGUUAUAUCUUUUGAUAGAUGGUGCGAAGUAGUGGCGAGGGGUAUAGAGCUGGUACCACCUGUAGCGAUACUAAAAGCCAAGAAGGCCAUUGCAGAUUUCUACAAGGUACAGGAGAAGCAAUCUAAGUUAGCAAGGACAAUGGGGGUAAACAUAAUAAGAAGGGAGGAUCAGUGGUCAUGCUCAAAAAGAAGGUGGUUAAAGAUGAACUGUGAUGGAACAUUUAUAGAAAGUAAUAGAAGAGCAGGGAUUGGAAUAGUGAUUAGGGAUGAAAGUGGAAAUAUGGUUGAUGGGAUUGGAAAGCAGGUAAAGGUAGGCUCAGCUUUAGCAGCAAAGGCAUUGGCAGUAAGAAUAGUACUGGAAUUAGUAGCUGCUAGAAAAUUUAAAACGGUAAUAAUGGAAAUGGAGUAUAAAGUUUUGUAUAGUCAUUUUCAAAGGACAAAUGAAAAUUAUAAUUGGAGAAUAAGACCAAUUUUGAGGGAGAUAAUGAAAUUAUGGUGGGAGCUACCAGAAAAGCAAUUGAAGUUGGUGAAGAGACAAGCUAAUAAAGCUACGGACUCGGUGGCAACAUAG